GCAGGGGGGGGGCCAUGGGCCGGUGCCAAGGGAGGAGGGCAGGAAGGGCCGGCCCCGCUGCAGCGCCGCCCGGACGCACCCGCUCGCCACCACCUCACCCCAGUCCGGGGUGCCGGAGGGGGGGGACACACAGAGGACACCCCGAUCCCCGUGGUCCCCCCCCUCUCCUCGCCACCGGCCAUGGGCAUCCAGGGCAUGGAGCUGUGCGCCGUGGCCGUGGUCAUCCUCCUCUUCAUCGCCGUCCUCAAGCAGUUCGGGAUCCUGGAGCCCAUCUCUGUGGAAGACGGCGGCGAUGUCGAGGUGGAGCUGGCGGCGGCGCGGCACCAACCGGAGGAGCUGGAGCAGCUCCUGGCACGGACCAAGUUCUCCAAGCGGGAGCUGCGAUCCCUGUACCGUGGCUUCAAGAGCGAGUGUCCCAGCGGCCUGGUGGAUGAGGAAACCUUCACGCUCAUCUACUCCCGGUUCUUCCCGCAAGGCGACGCCAGCGCCUACGCACGCUUCUUGUUCGACGCCUUCGACGCCGACCGCAACGGGGCCUUGUGCUUCCAGGAUUUUGUCCUGGGGCUCUCGGUCCUGCUGCGGGGGACGGUGCAGCAGAAACUGCAAUGGGCUUUUAACCUCUACGACCUCAAUAAGGACGGCUGCAUCACCAAGGAGGAGAUGCUGGAGAUCAUGACGUCCAUCUAUGACAUGAUGGGGCACUGCACCCAGCCCGCGCUGCGGGACUGCGCCCCCGCGGAGCACGUGGAGCUCUUCUUCCAGAAGAUGGACAGGAACGGCGAUGGCGUCGUGACCUUUGAGGAGUUCCUGGACACGUGCCUGAAGGACGAGGACAUCCUGAGCUCCAUGCGCAUCUUCGAGGACGUGCUCUAGAGCCGCGGGAGCGGGCUUUCGCGGGGUGUUUUCUAAUUAAAGCCAACAGCCACAAUUUGGGGACAAAACC